GUUCCUUCUCUUUGUUUGUGUACUCUGUGUAGCACAACACUUCCGCACACAAAUACAAAAGGCAGCUCAAAACCAGUGGUCUUUAUGUUGUAAUACACAGUCUAUAUAAGUGUGUGUGUGUGUGUGUGUAUAGAGAUAUGCACACACUCUAUCCAUCCCCUACAGUAGGAAAAAUAGCGUGAACGGAGUACGCCGUAAAGUCUCAUCCCCGCUGCUUUUCUGAGAUUUAUCAGUGUUACGAGGGGUUAUAGUGACUGUAGAGUGGGGGGAGGGGGUUCUUGAAUGAAGGGAUAAUGUGAAAUGGUGGAACUGAAUCUGGGUUGGGAUUGAUUCUUUUUAUUUAUUUUUUAAUUGUUUUAUAGAUCUUGGUAACUGGGGUUUCUAGAUCUGGGGUUCCUAUUUUGAAUCUGGGUUUUCUCUCGAUGGCGACGGCUUUUCCUCUGCCCGUGACUGCUGCCCAGGUUGGGACAUACUUUGUCGGGCAAUAUUAUCAGAUGCUACAGAACCAGCCGGAUUUUAUUCACCAAUUUUACAGUGAUGCCAGCACCAUGCUUCGGAUUGAUGGAAACACGAGAGAAACUGCGACUGCUAUGCUGCAAAUCCACCAACUUGUCAUGUCACUUAAUUAUACGGGGAUAGAGAUUAAGACCGCACAUUCUUUAGAAUCUUGGAAUGGUGGAGUUCUCGUGAUGGUCUCUGGUUCUGUGCAUGCAAAGGAUUUCAAUGGGAGGAAGAAGUUCAUUGAGACCUUCUUCCUUGCACCUCAGGAGAAAGGGUACUUCGUUCUUAAUGAUAUUUUCCAUUAUGUUGAUGAAGAACAAAUUCUGCAGCAUCCAAUUGCCUAUUUAUCUCAGAGCAAUAUUGAUACCAAGCUCCAUUCUUCGGCUACAGUCCGAGAACAAGUAUCCAACUAUAUGUUGGGUGCAGAUGUCCAGCCUAGGGAGUUUCCAACUCCUGCAAAGAUUGAAGAUGAUGGUCCAGUCAAUAACUAUAACUAUCAUGAGGAACAGAUGGCGCAGGUCCCUGAAACAGAAAACAUACUGGAUGAUAAGUUUGUGCAUUCAAAUGGUUCUCUUCAGGGAACUAUGAACUCUUUACCUGACCAUUUGUCUUCUCCUAUUGAAGAGCCUGUAUCGGAGCCACAAAAACACACUUAUGCUUCCAUAUUACAGGUCGCUAAAGGACAAUCUGCUUCAGCAGUGCCCUCGCAAUCCUCCUCUGACAAGCCUGCCGCUCCUUCAGAGUGGCAGCAUAUACCUGAAACCCCUGGUCAGCCAUCAGUUGCUCCAUCAAACACAGUUGAGAGGUCUGUGAUUGAAACGCUAGAAGAAACAUCUGCUUUGGAAGACGAAGUUGAGGUCAAGUCAGUGUAUGUAAGAAAUGUUCCAACCACAAUGGCAGCUUCUGAAAUAGGGGAGGAAUUCAAGAAGUUUGGUAAACUAAAGCCUGAUGGCGUGGCCAUUAGAACCAGGAAGGAUAUAGAUGUAUGCUAUGCGUUUGUUGAAUUUGAAGAUGUCUCUGGGGUGCAGAAUGCAAUUAAGGCAUCCAUGGUUCAGAUUGGCGGACACCAACUUUAUAUUGAAGGGAGGAGACCGAACAGAAAUAACACCAUUCGAGGGGGAAGAGCAAGAGGUAGAGGCAGGGUAAGCUACCAGAUGGAAGGGACAAGAGGACGCUUCGGUAGUCGUGGCUUUGGCAGGGUGAGCAAUCAAGACGGGCUCGACCGUGAUUACAACAGACCGAGGGGGAACGGUUUCUACAGGCAAGCUCCUCGACAGGAAAGGCCGUACUCAGGCAACCAACAAGGAUCGAGAAACGGGCAAAUCUCAUCAGAAUGAGUUGCUGCCUCUUUGAAGCUGAAGGAGAAUAGAAUGUCUUGGGAAAACUAAUUUUGGAAUAUCACAUUCACUAUCAUAUUUAUCACCUUUUCUUCUUUUUUGGUCAUUUACAAAAUUUAAGAAGCAAAUUUUAUUAGGUCUGGUGGAAGGUAUCAUGGCAAUAUUUUCGUU